UCCGAGCCGCAGCUGAGGAGGUUGGCGGUUGCCGGCGGUGUGAGUUUUCUUGAAGCUCCUCGCUGGGGAGCCAGUCUGUAGCCAUCAUGUCGAACAGAAAUAAUAACAAGCUGCCCAGCAACCUGCCGCAGUUACAGAAUCUGAUCAAGCGGGACCCGCCGGCCUACGUGGAGGAGUUUCUACAGCAGUACAAUCACUACAAAUCCAAUGUGGAGAUUUUCAAAUUACAACCAAAUAAACCUAGCAAAGAACUGGCAGAGCUGGUGAUGUUUAUGGCACAGAUUGGUCACUGCUAUCCAGAACAUUUAAGUAACUUUCCUCAAGAGCUGAAAGAUCUUCUCUCCUACAAUCACACUGUCUUGGAUCCAGAUCUUCGAAUGACAUUUUGCAAAGCUUUGAUCUUGCUGAGAAAUAAGAAUCUCAUCAAUCCAUCAAGUUUGCUAGAACUCUUCUUUGAACUUCUGCGUUGCCAUGAUAAGCUUCUGCGAAAGACUUUAUACACUCAUAUUGUGACUGAUAUCAAGAAUAUAAAUGCAAAACACAAGAAUAAUAAAGUGAAUAUAGUAUUGCAGAAUUUCAUGUACACCAUGUUAAGAGACAGCAAUGCAACUGCAGCCAAGAUAUCUUUGGAUGUGAUGAUCGAACUCUACAGAAGAAACAUUUGGAACGAUGCCAAAACUGUCAACGUGAUCACAACUGCGUGUUUCUCUAAGGUCACCAAGAUAUUAGUUGCUGCUUUGACAUUCUUCCUCGGGAAAGAUGAAGAGGAGAAACAGGACAGCGACUCAGAAUCUGAAGAUGAUGGACCAACAGCAAGAGACCUGCUAGUGCAGUAUGCCACAGGGAAGAAAAGCUCCAAACACAAGAAGAGGUUGGAAAAGGCUAUGAAAGUGCUCAAGAAACAAAAGAAGAAGAAAAAACCAGAGGUGUUUAAUUUUUCAGCUAUUCACUUGAUUCAUGAUCCCCAAGAUUUUGCAGAAAAACUACUAAAGCAACUGGAGAGCUCUAAAGAGAGAUUUGAAGUGAAGAUGAUGCUCAUGAACCUCAUCUCCAGAUUGGUGGGAAUUCAUGAGCUUUUUCUCUUCAAUUUCUAUCCCUUUGUGCAAAGGUUUCUGCAGCCGCACCAAAGAGAAGUAACAAAGAUCCUUCUUUUUGCUGCACAAGCAUCUCAUCACUUAGUACCUCCAGAGAUCAUUCAGUCAUUGCUUAUGACCGUGGCCAACAAUUUUGUUACCGACAAGAACUCUGGGGAAGUCAUGACAGUAGGAAUCAAUGCUAUAAAAGAGAUAACAGCUCGAUGUCCUCUAGCCAUGACUGAAGAACUUCUCCAAGACCUGGCUCAGUAUAAAACCCACAAAGAUAAAAAUGUGAUGAUGUCUGCUAGAACUUUGAUUCAACUCUUCCGAACACUGAAUCCUCAGAUGUUGCAGAAGAAAUUCCGGGGUAAACCUACAGAGGCCUCCAUAGAAGCAAGAGUGCAAGAAUAUGGAGAAUUAGAUGCUAAAGAUUACAUUCCAGGAGCAGAAAUUCUGGAAGUUGAAAAAGAAGAAGAGAAUGCUGAAAAUGAUGAAGAAGGGUGGGAAAGUACCAGUCUCAGUGAAGAGUCAGAUGCUGAUGGUGAGUGGGUUGAUGUGCACCACUCUUCCGAUGAAGAACAGCAAGAAAUUUCCAGGAAGCUGAACAGCAUGCCCAUGGAGGAGCGGAAAGCCAAAGCUGCAGCCAUCAGCACUAGCCGAGUUUUAACUCAGGAAGACUUCCAGAAAAUCCGCAUGGCCCAGAUGAGGAAAGAACUCGAUGCUGCCCCUGGGAAAGCCCAAAAGAGGAAAUACAUUGAAAUAGACAGUGAUGAGGAGCCCAGGGGCGAAUUACUUUCUCUUCGGGACAUUGAACGCCUUCAUAAAAAGCCAAAGUCUGACAAGGAGACAAGACUAGCAACUGCAAUGGCUGGAAAGACAGACCGAAAAGAAUUUGUGAGGAAGAAAACCAAAAUGAAUCCAUUUUCAAGUUCCACAAAUAAAGAGAAGAAAAAACAGAAGAAUUUUAUGAUGAUGCGGUAUAGCCAUAAUGUCCGGUCGAAAAAUAAGCGUUCCUUCCGAGAAAAGCAGCUGGCACUACGAGAUGCACUUUUAAAAAAGAGAAAAAGAAUGAAGUAACCUCCAAACAAGUUUUCCAUUCCAAAGAGAAAGCCAAAUUUGUGUCAUUAUUUUGAAAAUUAGCAAAUCAAGAAUGUUUGUUAACAUUAAAAACUCCUGAAGCACUAUUUUGUGAAAAAUACUAUGGACUUGGUAGCAAUUUGAUGUUUUUUAUUUGGGGUAGUGGUGGGAACAUUUGAAAUGUAAACAGUAGUGGUAUUGUAAAAUCAUUUGCAUUUAGCAUUUAUGCAAAAAAUAAUUGUGGAGUGCCUACUAAUUGUCACUGUAGAUACCAAAAUGAAUGAGCCAUAACCCCUCACUCAAGGUGUUCACAGCCUAUUUGAGGGAUAGGGGAGCGAGUAUGUAUAUGUGUAUUUAUAGUGCACUGUAAAUAGUUCUCCAAUAGAAAUAGGUUCAUAUUUCUAUGGGGUCUCUGAGGCCUUACAGACUAACUCUGCAGAGAAUGGGAGUUACAAUUCUCUAAAAAUGAAAUAGGACAAUGUUACAAGAGUAAGAGGUUCUUACUUGUAAAUAGGCUUACCUGCUGAAAACAGGUCCCUGCUGUACAGAUUUUGGGUAGACAGUUUAGGUCUUUUAGUCCAUCCAAAAGAUUUGAAUAUUUUUUUGAAUGCAAGUACAGGCUUUUUGGUUAAGACCUCACUUUUUAAAUUGCCUUAGUGUAAAGAGUAAUCUUGGAGUGUCUUUGGUCCAUCAUUUGCGCUGCCCACUCAGAGGAAAAAGAAAUCAGAUUGGUUUCCUCAGCCUUCCUUCUCCCUGAAAUAUUUUCAGCCCACUCUUUGCCUGGUCUCAAUAAAGGGUUUCUGAUGUCAAA